AUGGCGGAAGGAGACCCCUCGUAUAUAGACUACGAGGCCUUCUUGGACCCGGAUUUCUCUCCGUCUUCAUUCGCCAAUACCUUGGUGAACAGCACAAACAAUGCAACUGACACCCCACUGGAUCUAUCAACACCAUUAUCCCGGGUGCUAUUCGAUCUCCAGGAGAUCGACACACACAUCCAUGCAUUGACAACAAAGUCAGCUCUUCCCCUGCUUUCACACACGCAGGACAGAACUGCAGCAGCAGAUCACAUCCUCACAGAAUCAGGAACGCAAAUUGAAUCUGUGACCAAAGGAUACGAACGCCUCCAGAAAGAGGUGAUCCAAAAAUGGCAAGCGGCCGACGAAGCACGCAUUGCCGCUGAAAAUUCACUGGCAACAGUUAGGUUAGCACGGGCUGUCACACGCAGUCUGACAUUGGGCAGACAGUUGGAGAGCCAGGUCGCUGAAAUUACUGGCCGAGGCUCAACGGGACCGGCUCUCUCAGCAGGCACGGAUGGGGCGGCAUCACCAUCUGGGAAAGAUGGAUUCCGUGCGCUGGAGCGAGCCGCGUACACAAUCAUUAGUUUACGAGAGUUGCUCACAGCUACGGCAGAAGGCGAAGAGGGCUAUGGACUGGACCGGGUGAAGGCUGUUCGCACCCUCCGAGGGGAGUUUGUCAUGCCCGCAGAGAACAUGGUCAAAUCCAGAGCCCAGCAAGCCAUGAACCGGUUUUCUUUGUCCUCAAUUUCAGCAAGUGGAAACGGCCAGUCCGUGCCAUCCGGCUACAAACAAGCCCGAGAUGCGCGAGCACGCCUAACAACCGCUGUCACCACUUUGUAUCUGCUUUCACCCAUCCCCCAAGGGACCACCACUGCAUCAGCCUACAAGCCCGAACUCCUUUUAUCAACCCUACAGGGGUACAUGCACACGGCAAUCAUGACAUCCGUAAACUCACUCGCCAGAGCCCUCGCCCAGCUCCCAACCAUGGACCGAACUUUAGCCGACAUUUCCUCAAAAUGCCAAGAUAUCGUCGCCCUCGAGACUAUUCUCAAAUCUCUCCGCCCACCACCUCACCCACUCUUGGAUUCCACGACAGCCGACGAGACGGCUGAGCCCCAAACAACCUUAUCAAGCACGAACAACCUCUUACAGCCUCUCCUCCAGGCCCUGGACACUUCAUCAUUACCUUCCUAUUUCUGGCGCUCUGUCGCCUCCUCCCUCACUUCUCGCGUCCAGGAAAUCGUGAAUCGUGGCGGAAUCUCCGCACGAACAUUACGAUCCAACCGCGACCGAUUGAGAGUCGAGAUCAAGGAAUGUGUGCUUCGCGCAUCCCGAUUUUCAGCAACAAGCCUAUUGGCCGAAAAGGGCCGAUCAGGCAGUGAGAUAGUUGUUGUUGGUAACUGGGAACGGGAAGCUGCCGUCAUGGUUAGCUCGGUCGUUGGUCCAUUGGGACGGUAG